GCAGCACCCGCAGCACUCUCGCCCACAUAUAUCCUCGAAGUUGACAUGACCGGCGGCGUCGCACUGGACACACAUUCGCACCUUGUCGACAGAAUCAACGGAGGAGCCAUGGACGUCGAUGCGCCGAGCAAUGCAGCGCUUUCAGUAGCAGACUCAACUGUGACAGGCCGACUUCCUGUCACCGUCAACAAGCCUACCCCCUUCACAUUUGACCUGGGCAACCUGCUCGCCCACGACCCCAAUCCCGUCCCCGCCGAGGCAGACGAAGAGGCCCUGGCUGCCACUGCGCGCGAUGCCGCACAGGCCCUUAUCAACCAGCUGCUCUCUACCUGCCAAGUCAAGUCUACCUCAGAGGGCGUCCACCUUGUCCUCCCUGCCCCGCAAAUGGCCCUACCCCGCGAGAAGCCCAUUCCUGCAGCCAAGGAACCGACCAAGUGGGAGCGCUUUGCCGCCAAGAAGGGUAUCAAGGACAAGCAGCGCGACGGCAACAAGGUUUACGACGAGGCGACCGGCGACUGGGUACCCAAAUGGGGCUACAAGGGCAAGAACAAGGAGGCAGAGAGCUCCUGGCUUGUUGAAGUCGAUGAGAAGAAGGAAGCCAAGACAGGAAAGGCGCACGACGCGAGGGCUGAUAGCAGGCACGAGCGCAAGGAGAGGACCAGGCGGAACGAGAGGAAGCAGCGCGCGAACGACGCAAAGUCUCGAAAGCCUGGCGUCUAGAUUAGGCGCAAUGAGGCUUGAGGGAAAGAGAUGAGCAGCUUCGUCAUGUUAUGCAUUGGGCGGCGUUAUCAACCUGGGAUAUAUCCGACUUCAAAGGCGUAUGAGGUCUAAAAGCAAGGCUGUGUGCAGCCAGAUCAAUGUAUGGUAGAACUAGGAGGUUUUUGAAAUCUACCAAGUCAAACGCUCAGGAUGUUCUCUUGAAUGUUGCUUCAAUC